UAUGCUCACCGAUUCGUCUUACCUGAUAGAGAGUUUUUAUUUUGUUGUGUCUACGUUAUUGGGAAACGGUCGCAGCUAAUGAUAUAACAUCAUUAGUUUGCCGGUUUUCUGUACAUAAUUUUAGUAUUAAUUUCAGUUGUAAAUAGAGUUUUCGAUCGAUUUAACGAAUAUCAUUUUAUUAGUUGCAAAAGAAUCUUAUUCAAGGAUGUAUGCUACCGAUUUUCUACUUGGAGGCGUCGCAUCGAUGGGAGCCACACUGUUUACGAAUCCCUUGGAGGUAGUCAAAACACGCAUGCAACUACAAGGAGAGUUAGCUGCCAAGGGUACCUACGCUAAGCCUUAUAAAAGCAUCCUGGAUGCGUUUGUGACGAUCGCCAAAAACGAUGGAUAUUGGGCAUUACAGAAAGGAUUGACACCAUCGCUGUGUUUUCAAUUUGGCAUCAAUUCUGCAAGGUUGGGAAUUUACAAUACCGCCUUUGAGAAUGGAUACACUAGGACCAAAGAUGGAAAGCAAUCCAUUUGGAAAAACGCUUUUUGGGGCGGCAUCGGUGGAUUCAUAGGAUCUGCGCUAGCAAGCCCAUUCUUCAUGCUUCGUACUCACCUGCAAUCACAAGCCGUAACGCAAAUAGCCGUUGGAUAUCAGCAUCAACACACCGGUAUGAUGAGUGCGUUGAAAGAAAUAUUCCAGAAACAUGGAAUCCGAGGUUUAUACAGAGGAGUGGCUGUGACUAUGCCCCGAGCAAUGUUGGGAAGUGGUGGUCAACUGGCCGGAUAUGGUUACACCAAAGACAUACUUCUGAGGCAUCCUCUUCAUGCCCAGCAAUCGGAUCGGUUGGUUUCAUUUCUCUCAGGAAUAGCCGGUGGAACGGUUAUGGCUAUUACUAUGACUCCUCCAGACGUAGUUGCUACUCGUUUGUACAAUCAAGGGGUAGAUGCUAAAGGAAAAGGAAUUUACUACAACGGGGUUGUUGAUUGCUUUUUAAAAAUUCUCAAAACGGAAGGAGUUGCCGGCUUGUACAAAGGCUUUUGGCCUCAUUACAUGAGGAUCGGACCACAUUCAAUGUUGGUCUUAGUAUUUUUCGACGAACUCAAAGCAAUCAGAAAGAAAUACUUCAGAAACCGAGAAAAACUGUGAUAACUGUUAUUUGUUUAUUGUUUACAAGUUUAUAAACGCAUCAUUAGGGCCUAAUAAAUGUUUUCCACUAACGAAUAUGA